AUGGGCGACGGGGAGCCCAGCGAUACCCCGAAGAGUGCAGAUGGCAGCCUGGAGAAUGCCACGCCCCAGGAGAUUCAGAAGGCGCUGCUGCGGAAGGUGGCGCAGCUCACGAAAGUGGUGGUGCACUUGACCUCCCGCAACGACGAGAGCGAGCUCCAGUACCUGCGGCUCUCAGAAGCCGCCGAGCAUGACAUGCAGCAGCUCCUGGAGAAGGCAGAGAAGGAGAUGCAGUCGGAGUUUGCCAAGCUGGAGGAGUCUUUGCACCGGACGGUAUUGCAAGCAAGAAUGACUGGGUGA